AUAUUCAAUUUAAAAUGAAUCGAUCGGAUGGACUAGUACAAAGACGUAAUAUCAUACGUGAAAAUGCCGAGAGUGUGUCUAACGAUCCGACUAGCAGUGAAAAAAAGGAUCGUGAGGAGGAUGUUGAGGAUGGUGAUUCCAAAGAAACCAGGUUAACAUUAAUGGAAGAAGUCCUACUCCUUGGGUUAAAAGAUAAAGAAGGUUACACAUCAUUUUGGAAUGAUUGUAUAUCCAGUGGUUUAAGAGGAUGUAUUCUAAUAGAAUUGGGUCUAAGAGGUAGAGUAGAAUUAGAACGUGCUGGCAUGAGGAGAAAAGGAUUGCUUUCUAGAAAAUUAAUUCUCAAAAGUGAUACACCCACUGGUGAUGUUUUACUAGAUGAAGCUUUAAAACAUAUUAAAGAAACAGAACCUCCAGAAACCGUUCAAUGUUGGAUUGAAUACUUGAGUGGAGAAUCAUGGAAUCCUUUAAAACUUAGAUACCAGCUAAAGAAUGUGAGGGAAAGGCUUGCCAAAAAUUUAGUUGAAAAAGGAGUCCUCACCACUGAAAAACAAAAUUUUCUUUUAUUUGAUAUGACUACUCAUCCACUUACAGAUGAUAUUACUAAAAGUCGCCUAAUUAAAAAAAUUCAGGAUGCUGUUUUAGCCAAGUGGGUUAAUGAUCCACAAAGAAUGGAUAAACGAAUGUUGGCAUUAAUAUUCCUUGCCAAUGCCAGUGAUGUUCUUGAGAAUGCAACUGCUUCUCUUAAUGAUGAUGAUUAUGAACUUGCAAUGAAAAGAGUUCGCGAGUUACUUGAUUUAGAUUUUGAACAAGAAUCGAUAAAACCUAACACAUCUGAAGUCUUGUGGGCAGUAUUUGCAGCAUUCACUAAAUGAAUUAUUAAUAUUUAAGUUUAUGUUCUGAUUAUGUCAAAUGUAAAGUUUGAACUUCUUGUAUCAUAUAAUAUUUCUAUUUGGAUAGGCUGUUUAAUGUUAUGAAAAGAUUAUGUUUUCUCUUACACUCAAUUUUAUAAAUAAUAUAAAUUAGUUUUAAAAAGCAA